AUUUUACUGCUGUGAACAUCAGGUAGCAAACAAGAAGAAUUUUGUAAGAUAAAAAAUGAGAAACAUUGAUCGUGUUAACGUGAAGGUCCGGCAGGGGACAGUUAGUGGCGUGAAAGAGAAGCUGCCGAAUGGGAACGAAUUUUGUGCCUUUCGUGGUAUCCCGUACGCGAAACCACCGGUCGGAGAGUUGCGCUUUAGGGCGCCGCAACCUCUCGAGCGGUUCCCGUACCCCGUACUGGACUGCAGUGUCGAGCGGGAUGUUUGCUUCAGCCGGAACAUGUUCACGCAGGAGCUGGAGGGUACGGAAGACUGUCUCCACUUGAACGUCUAUACGCCGGCCCCAGAGCGCUGCACUAAACCCCUGCCCGUGAUGGUGUUUAUCCACGGUGGAGCCUUCCUUUUCGGCAGUGGCAACAGUGAUUGUUAUUCUCCUGAAUAUUUGCUGCAAGAGGACGUCGUAGUGGUUACACUCAACUAUCGGCUCGGCGCGUUAGGUUUUUUGCACCUACCCAGCCAGGGUAUCGAGGGGAACGCCGGACUGAAGGAUCAACUGAUGGUUCUGAAGUGGGUGCAGGACAACAUUUCCCACUUUCAAGGUGAUCCACUGAAUGUGACACUUUUCGGUGAAAGUGCUGGUGCCGCCUCGGUCCAUCUGCAUCUUUUAUCGCCCGUCUCGCAGCGAUACUUCCAUAGGGCCAUCUGCCAGAGUGGUAUCUCCAUCAUGGAAUGGGCGAUGCAGCUCGAUUCCGUAAACCGUACGCGCACCCUGGCGAGACUGAUCGAUCCGGCGGCAAAAUCGGACGAGGAGGUAUACCGAACGCUGCUAAAAGCGGACAAAGUGGAACUGAUGGGACUGAUGUUGAACACACUUACGGCUGAUGAGAAGCGUCGCGGUCUGCCGAUGCCAUUCAAGCCGGUGGUGGAGGAAUCGAUUGGACCGGAUACCGUCGUUCCGGUGCAUCCGUUCGUAGCCAUGCAACAACCGAACCGUAUCCCACCGAUACCGAUCAUAUUUGGCAAUAACGAUCGCGAGGGCACCAUUAUGAUGAUGGAUGCGAUAAGAAAGCUCGACCUGUACGAUAACGAUAUGGCACGGAUGAUCCCACGGACGGUGAACGUGGCCCCGGGGAGUCCCGCCAGUGAGCAGCUGGGAGAAGAAAUCAAACGAUUCUACUGUGGGCCGAAGGGUGUCACGAAUGAAACCGUUAACCAGCUUGCCGACCUGAUGACGGAUUACCAUUUCGGUAUUUUGGCCAACACUUGCGCCGAACUGCACGCACGGCAUCAGCCAAACUCGCCAAUGUUCUACUACAACUUCAGCUUCGACGGGGAGCUGAACAUGUACAAAAAGUUGCUACAGUUGAGCAUCCCCGGGGCAUGUCAUGCGGACGAACUAUCGUAUCUAUUUUUGAUGCGACUAGCGAACUACGACGUGCAACCGGACACGGAAGCUGCCCAAGUGCGACGCGUGAUGUGUCGCUUGUGGACGAACUUCGCUAAAUAUGGUCACCCCACCCCGGCCGACGAUAAGAGUCUUCCCUUCCGGUGGGAUCCGGUAGAUAAGAUUCCGCCGAAUGAGCCAUUCCGGUUAAAGUGUUUGAAUAUCAACCGGCAGCCGCAAAUGAUGGUUGAUCCGGCGAAAGAACGGAUCGACUUCUGGCGCGGUGUCUAUCGGAAGUGGAAUGAAGAUUUUCUCAAAGUCAAACUUUAGGAUCAACUUCGUUCCAGAGAGAGGAGAAACUUUUAGGGGUUGGUGAAAGGGCAAAAGAAACGGCUAAAGGUACGUUGUGUACAACACAGGAUUAAUGGGGGUAUAUAUUUUUAAUAAAACGUUUAUUUGUUGCUUUAGUAUA